AUGGCGAAGAAAUCAGCCAACGGGGAUCUGUCUCGCUCUCCGUCGCAGGAGAAGAAGAAGCCGAAGGUGGGUUUCGUGGGAGUGGAUGCCAGCGGCGCGGAGACGAGUCGGGACGGCGCGCUGCUGAUCGGCAGCGGAGAGCGCGCGCGCCGGAGCUCCAGCGGCAAGAUGGGGCUGUACAGAGCACGAGCGAGCUUGGGCGGCGCGCGCGGGACUCACCGACGCAGCGCGGGCUACCGGAGACUGCAGAAUUUCCUUUACAACGCGCUGGAAAGACCGCGAGGCUGGGCGUUCGUCUACCACGCUUACGUCUUCCUGUUGGUGUUCUCCUGCCUUGUUCUCUCAGUGUUUGCUACUAUUAAAGAGUUCAAAGAAAGCUCAGAGAAUGCCUUGUACAUUCUGGAAAUCGUGACCAUUGUGGUGUUUGGUGUGGAGUAUAUAGUGCGGCUCUGGUCUGCCGGCUGCUGCUGUCGCUACAGAGGCUGGAGAGGGAGGCUGAAAUUCGCACGCAAGCCCUUCUGUGUUAUAGACAUCAUGGUGUUGUUUGCCUCCGUGUCUGUGCUGGCUGCUGGCUCGCAGGGCAAUGUGUUCGCCACCUCGGCCAUACGCAGUCUCCGGUUCCUGCAGAUCCUUAGGAUGCUGCGCAUGGACCGCCGGGCAGGCACGUGGAAACUACUGGGAUCUGUGGUGUAUGCGCAUAGCAAGGAGCUCAUCACUGCAUGGUAUAUAGGCUUCCUCUGUCUCAUCCUGGCCUCUUUUCUGGUGUACUCAGUAGAGAAGGAUAAUAAUGCAGAGAUGUUUGAGACCUACGCUGAUGCUCUCUGGUGGGGGCUGAUCACUUUGACCACUAUUGGUUAUGGGGACAAGUUUCCUGUCACAUGGAAUGGACGCCUGAUCGCCGCAACCUUCAGCUUGAUUGGCGUGGCUUUCUUUGCUCUGCCAGCAGGUAUCUUGGGCUCAGGCUUUGCUCUGAAGGUCCAGGAGCAGCACAGACAGAAGCAUUUUGAGAAACGCCGGAACCCUGCUGCGAGCCUUAUUCAGGCUGCCUGGAGAUUCUAUGCAACAAACCUCUCUCGAACAGACCUGCUGUCAACCUGGGAUUUUUAUGAGCAGACAGUGUCUGUUCCCAUGUACAGACUGAUCCCUCCUCUCAAUCAGCUGGACCUCUUGCGCAGUCUGAAGGGCAAGUCUGGAUUCAGGAAGGACUCACAGCCUGAAAUGUCUCCCAGUAGUGAGAUUUCACACAAAGACACCCCCUGUGGGUGUUGCUCAAGAAACACUAGCCGUAAGCCAAGCUUAAAAGAGAAACCAUUCUCCAGCCCCUCUAAAAGUGCAGGGGGAAAGGAGACCAAAUCACCUGGAGCAGAUGAUGGAGCAGCAGAAAGUCCUAGCAAAGUGCCAAAGAGCUGGAGCUUCCCUGAACGAAACCGCUCCAAACAAUCCAUCAAGAUGAAAGAGGGUCGGCCUGCAGAAGUGCUGAUUGAGAUGCAGGAUGAAGACUUCGGAAAGAAGAGUUCUCCAGCAAUUGAGGGGUUGAUCAAAGCAAGUCUUCCUGAGGACUUUGGCGAUGAUAGAACUUAUGAAUUUCUGCAAGAUAUGUCUCCUGCACUGAAAUCCACCAUAAGGGCAAUCUGUAUCAUGCGCUUCCUGUUGUCUAAGAGGAGGUUUAAAGAGAGCUUGAGGCCGUAUGAUGUAAUGGAUGUGAUUGAGCAGUAUUCAGCAGGCCAUCUGGAUAUGCUGUCUCGCAUCAAGAACCUGCAGUCCAGGAUAGAUUUGAUUGUGGGUCCCCCACCCCCUUCGACCCCUCGCCAUAAGAAGGUGGACCAGAUAGUGGGGAAGGGAGUAUCAGCAGGGGAUAAGGAGAAACCCAAGAGUGAUACCGCUCAGGAAAAUGACCCCAGCAUGAUGGGCCGAUUUUUCAGGAUGGAGAAACAGGUGGGUGCGAUGGACCGCAAACUAGACUUCCUGGUGAAUGUAUACACCACACGCAUGGGUAUUCCACGCUCUGAAACUGAGGCUUUCCUGGGCUUCAAGAUAGCUGAUCCAGCACCACCUUAUCACAGCCCAGAAGACAAGAGUGAGAAUGUGCUGGACAAAAACGAAGAGAAGAAGAGCCCAGAGCCCAGCCCAACUGGGACACCUGCCAACAAUAUGUGCCGCCCAUCCACAUCUUGGCAUCAGCAGAGUGAGCAGCCGCUCAGUGUACCUCUCUGGAAUAACAGCCGUGGCGCAUCACCGGGCACUGAUGACCCGUCACUUUACCGUAUCCCACCUCCACCAACACAUGAGAAUGGGGAGGGCGGACGCCAAAGGCGACACAGACGCACAUGGCCUAAUGCAGGUGUUGACAGUGACACCUCCCUCUCCAUUCCUUCAGUGGACCAUGAAGAGUUAGACCGCUCAUUCAGCGGCUUCAGCAUCUCACAAGCCAAGGAGGAGGAGUUCCUUCCUCCAGUGAAUCUCGGACUGUUUGGGGGAGGAAGAGGAAUGGCCUUCUGCACACGUAUCAGACCCUACUUGGCUGAAGGGGAAUCGGACACAGACUCAGAUCUUUACACACCUGGUGCUCCUUCACCUCUAUCGUUUACAGGGGAGGUGGCAUUCGGAGACAGGGGUUGGCCUGGUCUGAAGUAG